AUGGGUCCCUUACUUCUCAGCAACUUACUUUGCUUUAUUAAUAUAGCAUCAGCCAGUAUCUUUGAGUACCAGGCAGAAACCCAGCCUCUUCGACCUUGCGAGCUUCAGAGGGAGAAAGCCUUUCAGGGAGGUGAAGACUACAUCUCUCAGUGCUCUGAAGAUGGACAGUUCAGGAACAUACAGUGCAAUAAAAAUGGCGUUUCCUGCUGGUGUGUAGACGACAAAGGAGCUGAGGUUGCAGGCAGCAAGCAGGUUGGAUCUCCCACAGCCUGUUUAUCCUUCUGCCAGCUCCAAAAGCAGCGGAUCCUGGUCAGUCGCUACAUCAACAGCAGUGCAACGCCCUACAUCCCACAAUGUCUGGAUUCUGGUGAUUUUGACCCAGUGCAGUGUGACAUGGACAUGGAUCAGUGCUGGUGUGUGGAUGCGGAAGGGAUGGAGAUUUAUGGCACAAGGCAGAAAGGGAAGCCAAAGCGAUGCCCUGGGAAAUGUGAGAUUCGAGACCGACGCCUUCUGCACGGUGUUGGAGAAAAGAGCCCACCCCAGUGCUCUGCCGACGGAGAAUUUCUGCCAGUCCAGUGCAAGUUUGUCAACACAACAGAUAGGAUGGUCUUCGAUCUCGUCCACCAUUUUAAUAGAUUCCCAGACGUGUUCCUAACAUUUAGUUCCUUCAGAAGUGUGUUCCCAGAGGUCUCUGGGUACUGUUACUGUGCAGACAGUCUAGGGCGGGAACUAGAGGAUACAGGUCUGGAAAUGUUACUUGAGAAUGUUUAUGAUACCGUUUUUGCAUCACUGGAACCAGUUGCCACCUUCACUGAAACCAGCAUGUAUCGGAUCUUGCAGAGACGUUUCCUGGGAGUCCAGCUGGCGACAUCUGGCAGAUUCAGAUGCCCCUCCAAAUGCGAAACAGAGAGGUAUACUGCCAUUCGUUUCAAACAGGAUUACAGGCCAUUGUGUGAUGACGGUGGCGCCUAUAAGCCAAUACAGUGUCAGCUGAAUGGAGAGUGCUGGUGUGUGGAUGCCAAAGGGCAGGAGGUCCCUGGAACAAGAAGGAAUGGGCAGCGUCCCACAUGUGGCGAGGACCACAAAUGUGUCUCUGAGAGACAAGUGUCCCUGUCCAGGCUUUUUUAUGGCCCCAUUGGACAUUUCAGCCAGCACAGUUUGUUCUCUACCCCCCAAGAGACACAGAAAGUAGAUGGGUCCUCCAGAUCUUGUCCUCCUUCAUUCAUGGAACUGUUUGUGACUUCUGGCUUGCUGUCUUCCAUCACUGAACAACCGAGUGCUUCUCAGCUACGGACACUUGAAUCCAUCCUCAUUGAAGCUAUUGGGGGGAUGUUUCCUUCAAGAGAACUCGCUCGCAUUGCCCUUCGGUUCACCAGCAACCCCAAGCGGUUCCAAGAAAACCUUUUUGGGGGGAAAUUCUUGAAGAAUUUGGUACAGUUCAACUUCACGGGAGCCCUUGGCCCUAAUAGCAAAUUUAAUUUGGACCGUUAUUUCCAGCAGAUCGGGAUGAAUGAGGGCUUCACUGAACAAGCCCAACAACUUUCGACGGAAGUGCUGCAGGAGAAGUUCAACCUGAGCCAGAUUCUUGUAGACCGUUUUGGCCGCACUGUCAAUUUACACGACAGUCAGAACACAGUCCAGUUUCUGGCGUCUCUCCUUGAAGCCCCAGAGUUUUUCACUUUUCUGGGGCAUGUAAUUUCUGUCCCAGAAAGUAUUGCAGAAGAUUUAGGUGAUGUCGUGAAGAUAGUGAUGAAAUUGAAAGACUGCCCGGAGCAGACCGAAACUCUGUUUGUGCCAACUUGUACGAAAGAAGGGCGGUACGAGGAAAUUCAGUGCUAUGCAGGGGAUUGCUGGUGUGUGGACUUGAGUGGCAAAGAAAUCCCAGGGUCCAGAAUACAGGGCACACGCCCAAGAUGCCCUACGACAUGCGAAAAGCAAAGGGAAACUCUGCAACGCUUGAAAAAAAGCCAGCCUGCAGGUUCUGAGCUGUUUGUUCCUUCGUGCACCCAGGAGGGAAAAUUCCUGCCAGUUCAAUGCCGUGGAAGAAAUUGCUUCUGCGUUAAUUCAGAAGGCAGGACUAUUCCAGGCAUAGAUGCAAAUGCAGGACCGUUCACGCGGUGUCCAAGUGACUGUCAAUUAGCAGCCAGUGAGGCUUUUCUAAGAACUGUGCAGCAAACACUGUUGGAUCCUGCUGCCCAGCUUCAGCUGACCAGUGUCUACAUCCCACAAUGCAACCUGGAUGGUCAAUGGAGGCAAGUCCAAUGCAAUGGUCCCCCUGAACACGCUUUUGAAUGGUAUCAAAGAUGGAUCACCCAGAAUAAUAAUGGCAGAGCUCUUCCUUUCAUUGAUUUGGUGGACAUACUCCUUGACUACAAAGAGAGAUCUCAGCAAAGCUUUGAAGACCUUGUCAAAAUCCUCUACGAAGCCGGCCACCAGAACGUCUUCCCCGAGUUCUCCAAAUAUCCGUCCUUUGAUGCAGUUCCUCAAGAAGUUCUGGAAAGCAAGACCACAGGAGGUUCAUCCAAGAACAUUUUCCUGGAGCCAUUCACUUUCUGGCAGCUUCUCCAUGGAAAUCUCAUCCAUUAUCCAGGAGCUUAUGCCGAUUUCAGCAUCCCACUAGGGCAUUUUGACCUUCGCAAUUGUUGGUGUGUUGAUGACAAGGGACAAAUGCAAGGAAGCAAAGCCGAUGUGAACAAGGUUCCAGAUUGUCCCGGACAGUGUGAAGCCACCAAGCGCGAUGCCCUGCGAUUUGUUGAUGAAGUGGAGCAACUCAUCCAGGAAUCAAACAGCUCCCAUUUUCCUUUCGGACAGAGCUUUUUAAUGGCAAAACUCACCAGGCUGGCAGACGAUGAGCUUCUGAAUAAUUUUUCACAGCCAGGCGUUGCAUUUUCAGAGAAGUUGCUGAAGGAGAGCAAUUACGCUAUCCGGCUGGCUGCACAAUCAACCUUGCGUUUCUAUUGGAGGAGUCUCUUUGCAUCCCACGAUUCUGCAGGGGAGGCCGUGCGCUUGGGAUUUCAGCCUUACAUCCCUCAAUGUGAUGGGCUGGGGAACUGGGAACCGGUCCAGUGUUAUGAAAGCUCAGGUCACUGCUGGUGUGUGGAUGAACGAGGACAUUAUAUAUCUGACUCGUUGGUGACGCGUUCAACACGACUGCCCCAGUGUCAAAAACCAUGUCAACGCUCACAAACAAACGCAUUGAUUUCCAGCUGGAGACUGAGUGGGCUGAAGCGUAAUGCCACUUCAGCAGACCUGUUUAAUCCCUCCUGUCUAGAGACCGGGGACUAUGCCAUGCUACAGAAAAUGGACACACAGGCCUGGUGUGUAUAUCCUCUGUUGGGUGAAGUCCUCCAGCAGAGCAGUAUCGAUUCAAAUGGCAGAGCACAGUGCCCCGGUUACUGCAGCGUGCUGAAGUCCAAAGCUGUCUUACGGGAAAUUGGCAGAGGCUACAUCCCCCAGUGUGAAAGCGACGGUGGGGUCUUCUCGCCCGUGCAGUGCAGCGAGGGCCAGGAAAGCUGUUGGUGCGUCUUUGGGAACGGAGAGGAGGCUCCGGGGACACGGACCAGCGGCCGGCGGCCUCCAUGUCAACGUCCUCAAUGUAGCUUGCCUUUUGAUACGCCCGAAGUGCUCAGCGGUGGUGUAUUUUGCAACGUCUCCACUGAAACUCCCAAGAUUCAGCAGUGCCAAGUGAUUUGUCCUCAGGGCUUCCAAGGUGUCUUUUCUAGUGAGGAGAUGCUGCUGUGUGAUACGGAGAGUCACCACUGGCUAGGAGACCCACCACAUGCUCAAACCUGCCAGAGGCUCCAGCCAUUCCAAAGUGUUCAGACUCAAACGCAGUUCCAGCUCCUCCUCCCUCCUGGCAAGGCCUGCCGUCCAGACUAUGCUGGCUUGCUAGAGGCUUUCCAGAUCUUUAUUCUGGAUGAGAUGAAGGCCCGUGGAUUUUGCCAUAUUCAGGUAAAUGUCCUUGAGCAUCCUGUGUCUAUUCCUGUCUGUGGUGAUUCUGCUGUACUGGCUGAGUGUUUGGCUGUGGACCGCCUGGGAGUGAACAUAACAUGGAGAACUUUGCUUGAGGAUGUUCCAGCAGCUUCACUUCCUGAUUUACACAACAUUGAAAAAGCAAUGGUUGGUGAAAAUCUUAUUGGCCGUUUUGAGGCGUUGAUCAGGAGUGGCGGCUUUGUCCUCCAUUUGGACAACAAGCAAUUCCAAGCGGACACUUCCUUUCAUUUCACCAGAGAUGGAGAUUUUGACAUAUCUCCCGAAAUUCAUCUGGGGUGCAAGAGUGGCUUCCGGAAAGUUUCAGUGACUGGAGAAGCAACCCCAAAUUCCCAAGGAUGUGUGGCCUGCCCUCCAGGUACCUCCUUCCAAAAUGACAGCUGCGUUCCUUGCCCUUCUGGAUUCUAUCAAGACCAAGCAGGAAGCUUCCUCUGCAUCAAAUGUCCUCUUGGGAAAUCGACCGUCUCCACUGGAGCUUUCAAAGCUGAGCACUGUCUUACUGACUGCCAAAUGGAUGAACAAGGUGUGCGCUGUGACGAAAGUGGCCAAUAUAGACCUUCCUAUGAAGACCCUACCACCCAAAAAUCGUUCUGUGUUGAUAGCCUUGGAGAGAUAUUGGAUUGGACAGAAACGGAUGGCCCACUUAGUGAUUCACAGUGUUCAGUCCUCAGACGUUUUGAGAAGGUUCCUGCUUCCAGGCUUUCCUUUGCGACAGGGGAGGCAGAGAUUAUUGGAUCGAAAACAAUCCAAGGAGGACCUGGGAGCGCACUCCAACAGUGCAUUGCAGAGUGCGAGAAGGAUGCGUCGUGUGGGUUUCUCACAUUGUCUGCUGCAGGGCCUGAAAUGCUGUGUGAGCUCUACAGCGCUCAGGAGAGGAAUUACAAUUGUUCUGCUUCUGGACUGGUUCAGGGUGCAUGGGACAACGCUGCCACCACAAGCAUUGCUAAUCUCAGCUGCCUAAUUAGAGUGAGAAGCCAGGACAAGGAUGCAGUGAGGGUGUACCUGAAAAAAGGACAAGAAUUCACUACAGCUGGACUCAAGACCUUUGAGAUGACCGGUUUCCAGGAUGUUGUUUCUGGCGUGUACCGCAAUCUGGUUCUCUCGGCAGCUGGUACAUCUUUGACCGAUGUUCAUCUCUUCUGCCGCCAGGCUUGCAGCCAAGAUGCUUGCUGUGAUGGCUUUAUCUUGAGCCAGAUCAUACUUGAUGGAGGUAGCAUCUUGUGUGGUCUUAUGAGCUACCCAGAUGCAUUCAUCUGCAACAUUAAAGACUGGGAUGGAAGCUCAACGCGUGAACAAGGAGACACAUGUCAAAGAACGAAGUACAAUGAACGAAAGAAGCAAUAUGCAUUCCGUUUCGGAGGCCAAGUGCUCACUGGACCAUCUGAGCGCCUAGAAGAAACGGGAAAUUCCUUCACCAGCUUUCAGCGUGUAUACCUGUGGAGGGAUUCCGAUAUGAUUACCCGACCGAGAUCUAGUAUGUGUGAUGCUGUUGUUCCUCCAACACAGAUGAAGCCUUUGCUUCCAGCUUCUGCAAAGGAACUCUUUUCUCUGAUGGAAAACAGCCAAAUCCGGAUUGUGCAAAACCAUUCGCUGCCAUCCCAAGAAUACUGGCUCUUCAAGGCCAGAUACUCAGCUGAGCAGGCUCUUCUCUGGUGCCUUGCACGUUGUGUGGAAGAUGAAUUCUGUCAGCUGGCAAACAUCCCCAAUGUCACAGCUUCAAUGUUCUUCCCCUGCACCCUCUAUCCAGCGGCCCAAGUCUGUGACAAUAUCACUAACAACAUCCCUGAGAACUGCCCCACUGUAUUACCUCAGAAGACACAACUUUUGUAUCAGAAGACAGUCUCUUUGGAAGGGAGCGUCCAGAACUUUUACACCCGUUUGCCAUUCCGUAAAAUGUCAAGCAUCUCCGUGAGAAGCAAGAUGGAUGUGUCUGGGAAAGCUGUGUCGAAUGGGUUUUUUGACUGUGAACGUCUCUGCGACGCUGAUCCUUGUUGCUCAGGCUUUGGGCUCCUAAAUGCUACCCAAGGCACAGGUAGCAAGGUCGUGUGCUUGAUUCUGAACAGUUUGGGGGUCCAGACCUGCAGUGAGGAACGAAGAAGUGAUGACUGGCAGGUUUCAGAUUGUGCAUCUCCGGAAACAGAAGCCAAGGUCCAUCCCUUCGGCUGGUACCAAAAAGCUGGUGAGGAGCUGCCAACUGUGCCUCGUGUGUGCCCACCUGUUCUUCUACCAGGAAGGCAAGAAAAUGUAACUUUGGACAAGUGGCAGCGUGUUGAUUCGACCUCAGUUCUCAUUGAUCCCUCCAUUUCAAAAUUUGACAUUCUGCACGUCAGUAGAGAUGUCUCCAAUGAUUUUGCUACCAUCCGAGACUUUUGCCUCUCAGUCUGUUCAAAGGACAAAUCAUGCUUGGUGACUACUCUUGAAGAACAACUUUCAGCGAUACGGUGUAUAUUCUACCCAGAAACGCAGAGCUGCACUCUUGGUCUCCAAGGCCACCACUGUCGACUUUUGGUCAAGGAGCCGGCUACGUAUAUCUAUCGCAGGCAAGAUGAAUUCCAGCCCAUUGCUGAAACGAACGGUGCCCCGUCUGUCUACAUCCCAUCGCAGGGAACGUUGUUCGGCACUUCUCAAGUAAUCGAAGUGGGUUCCAGUUGGAAGAGUAUCAGACAAUUCCUCGGGGUUCCAUAUGCAGCACCUCCGGUGGCAGAGAACCGGUUCUGUCCCCCACAAGCUUUCACCUGGGUAGAAUCCUGGAAUGCCACUACAACCCGGCCUGGCUGCUGGCAACCAGGGGAUGCUGAAAUCAGUCCUUCUGUCAGUGAAGACUGCUUGUAUUUAAACAUCUAUGUCCCACACAACACUGGCGGAAAUCUACCAGUGCUGGUGUUCUUUCACAAUGGUGUAAGUGACGAGGACCAACCAAAGAAGACAGUCAUCGAUGGCUCAUAUUUAGCAGGAGUUGGCAAUAUCAUUGUUCUUACUGCAAAUUACCGGGUUGGAGUCUUUGGCUUUUUUAGCACUGGUUCCAGUGCGGCAAGUGGAAAUUGGGGCCUUUGGGACCAGGAAGCUGUUCUGAAAUGGACGCAGAAAAACAUUGCAAGUUUGGGAGGAGACCCCAGUCAGGUUUCGAUUGCAGCUGACCGGAGUGGAGCGGACAUUACUAGUAUCCAACUACUUGCUGGAGGUCUGGAUUCAGCAGUCUUCAAGAGGGCAUUGCUGAUGGGAGGAUCUGCUUUCUCUCCCGCAUCAGCAAUGAGCAAGGAGAAAGCAGCAGCACAAGCUGCCAUUUUGGCUCACGAACUUGGCUGCCCUUCAACCAGCAGCGAAGAAAUGGUAUCCUGCCUCCGCCGGUUGCCUGCCAAAGCUCUCAAUGAUGCACAAACCAGGCUCCUAGCCAUAAGUGGGCCAUUUCAAUACUGGAGCCCAGUGGUGGAUGGAUUCUACCUCCAGGAGCCUCCCACAGCAGCCCUGCAACGUUCUGGGCCUUUGAAGGUGGACCUGCUCAUUGGAAGCGCUCAACAAGAUGGCCUGAUCAGCCGAGCAAAAGCCAUUAAGCGGUUUGAAGAAAGCCAAGGCCGUGCCAGCAGCAAAACAGCCUUUUAUCAAGCUCUCCAAAACUCUUUGGGAGGAGAAGACUCCGAUCCUGUGGUGCAAGAUGCGGCCACCUGGUUUUAUUCCCUGCAGCACUCCUCAGCUGAGUACGCCUCAUUCUCCAGGGCCUUGGAAAAUGCCACUCGAGACCACUUCAUCAUUUGCCCGACAAUAGACAUGGCCAAGCACUGGGCUGAUAAUGGCAGAGGAGAUGUCUUCAUGUACCAUGUGCCAGAGAGCUCUUCUCGGAGCAGUUCGAGCCUGGAAUUCUUGCCUGAUGUUCAGUAUGCAUUUGGGAUGCCCUUUUAUCCUCAAUAUGAAAAGCAAUAUACAUUGGAAGAGAAGACCCUCUCCUUAGCCAUAAUGCAGUAUUUGGCCAACUUUAUAAAAUCUGGAAACCCAAAUGGCCCUUAUAAAUUCUCAGGAAAAAUGACUGGAACUACAUUGCCUUGGCCUAUGUUUCGAGCAGACACCGGUGGAGACAAUUAUAAGGAAUUUACUACUUCCUUGGAGAACCGUAAAGGGCUGAAAAAAGCUGAAUGUUCAUUCUGGUCCGAUUAUAUCAAAACACUCAAAGCUUCAACAAAUUGUGAUUACUAA